CAAUGAAAAGUACGAUCCACUUUCCAGGCUGGUGAUGCUGCCGUAUUUCCGUUGGCGAGCGAGCGGAACAUCCGGCAUUUGCCACUAGGCGACGAAGAAUCCAGAAACGCUUCGUUAAAACAAAUCACGGGAAACUGGCGACAGUUAUUGUGACUUUACUUAUCUAUGUGAUCUAUGUGAUCGAUCUACGUAUUUCUUUUCUUGCGUGUGGCAAGGUUGUCGGGUUUGAAAAAGUAAUCGGUCGCGAUGGUGUCGCGCGGAAUGAUGGUCGUUUGCCUCGCAGAUUCCGACGAGGACAAAGAGAGCUCAGCGCUUUCGUGCUUGCUGCUGUCGUCGCACACUCACAGCAGACUGAGGUGUAUCAUCUUGCACUCCAAAAGACAUAUCGCUUAUCCACCAUAAGGAGUUGAAGGUGAUGGCACGUACCACGCGCCCUCGACAAAAAAUGGCGAACACGACUGAUUCACCCGCGACGACCGGGGGCAGCCUUCUUUCGUCCUCGACGACGACGCCGUUUACCACCUCGUCGACAUCAGCGGCGACUUAUUCGAGCGAAGGCUACCCUUUCAACUAUAGCGGUCUGCCGAACCUAGGCGGCUAUUCGCUGGACGAUUUCAACUACACGGAACUAUGGUCGGACGUCUGGAACGGCACCGAGGUCAGCAAUGUCACCGAAAGGCUAAACGCGACGGUGUUGAUGCCGGGUGGCUAUUGCGACGAAUGGGAAGCUGCUCAGCAUAAGCUCUUUCAGGCAGCAAAUUUAUUUUUUGCGGCUGCAUUUCUGGUGCCGCGCUCGUUCAAGGCUUCCGUCUUGGCUCUUCGCACAUUCCUCACGGCGGGUUUCAUGUUGGCGGCUCUUUGGGCCGGGUUCACCAUAUGCGCUCUGGACGCCAUGUUAUGGUGCUUAGCCCUCGGAUUGUUGAAUGGCAUUCACUCGUUGAUACUCGCCUGUCGAUUCCUACCCCCGGCUCUUAGUCCCGAACUAGCUGAGCUCUAUCUGAAGCUCUUCAAGCCCUAUAAGGUCAGCAAGAAGCAUUUCCAGGAGCUGGCGAAAGAAGCGAGGAUACUCAAGUUGGAUUCUGAUCAGACCUAUGCAACGGAAGGGGUUACGCCGGCGGAUAGAAGGCUAUCUAUUCUUUUACGUGGGAAAUUGAAGGUAACCUGCGACGGAACUCACUUACACUAUAUCAGAGCCUACCAAUUCGUCGAUUCGCCCGAAUGGGAGGCUACACACGAAAACGAUGCCGACGUCUUCCAAGUGACGAUACGAGCCGAGGAGCCCAGCACGUACAUCUGUUGGACGAGAAUGAAAUUGCUCAGAGUGCUCCGGCAUAGGCCACUGCUCAAGGUCGUUCUCAACACCCUCAUCGGUAAGGACAUUACGUCCAAGUUGUACGCCCUUAACGAGCAGCUCGCUGGUGUCGCGAGCGCCAGUGAGAACGCCACGUCGAAUCCUUACAGGGGAGUCACGAGGAGUCUCAGCGUCGAUGCCGUUAACACCGAAACCGCCGGAAGGGUUCGAUCGACGACCUGGAAAACGCACAAGCAGUAUAGCAAUUCGCGUAGUGACAGGAAUUCCUCGGUCCGGUAUUCGCAUCAGUACUGGGCGCCGGUAGUGGCGAACCAUUUCCCGGCGACCUCGCCGUUCAUUCAAAGCGAAAACCUCGGCUACUCAUUACUGCCGCAGGGUAUCCAGUUCUCGCCGCCCCCGCGAGCACCCGCGCUGUCCCAUCACCCCCCCGUGGCGCGACAACGAAGCGGGGGUGCUGGCGGCGAUUACACCCUGCUACCUCAAACACCGAAGCUCGAGAGGAAACGAUCGAGAAAAGGGACUAGAGAGGUAACCUUCGAGACACCGGUAUGACGCUCGCCCGACGGGGAAGGCCCUGCCAGCGUGCCUCUACUCUCACUGUCGCCGCAACGCUCCGCCUAGCCCCGUCGUGGUCUCGUCAUCAUCCUAAGGCACGCCGCAAAACUCGCCCUUUGAACUUCCGGUUCGACGCGAUACCAACGAAUGGCCUACUCCCUUGGAAGGAAGGGGGAGAACGCGACGGUCUUGAUAUCCCACGGAUUACGCCUCGGUACCACGAGAUUCCUUGGCACCGCAGAAUCGUAAUCGUAGGAGAGAGCGCGCGCGGGUAGGCGAAGUUGCUGUGGGCGCAGUUUUGAUGUGUGCGAUUGAUUUUCAUAUCUUGCAAGUGCCACGCCUUACAGAGAGACACGCACGCACGUGUGAAAUCGAAACCGCGAUGGCGGCCGUUGAGAGAAAAAAAAAAAAAAGAAUAUAUAUUUCGAUGUCUUUCGACCGUAUUCGGGAGCAUCCGUCGGGGUUUCGGAGUAGACCCGAAAUACGGUCGAAUGUUGAGAAGGGAACGUGAAUGAGAGGUAGAAUAAGAGAGAGAAAUCGUGAACGAAAGAUUAAAUAUAAAUAUAUUGUAUUAAUGAGCAUCGCCUCUGUGUACACUUUUACAUCGACUGUGAUUACAACGGAUAUAAUUAUUAAGUCUUUCAGAGAAACGCUGAUUAUAUACACAUACAGAAAAACACGUGCGUAAUUAGCUGCCGCGAUAAUCAUGCAAGCCAUAUCUCGCAUUUGCGUGAGUUGAGGUGUCCUUCGUAACGAUUUCGGUUUCGAUACUCUUAGAAAUUGCUAAUUUUAAAAAUCCUUAUCCUGUUUUUCUAUCUAUCAAGUUUCUAUCUACCAGUCCAAUGUCUUUUUUAUUUGUAUAAGCACUGACUCUAUAAAUCGCCAAGAUUAUGCAACUGCAUAUUCUCGAUACAAAAAUAACAUUUGAUUACCACGUAUUAUUAGCGAAGGACAUCCGAACAGCGCAAAUAGAUCGGGAUCGUUGUAUAAAAUUAGUGCAUAAAAUGCGCAUUCACGAUAAAUGUGAUAUGUCGAGAAAACACGCAGCAGUUUCUAUCCAACACGGGCGAACGGAAAAUUGCAUUUGCACACCCCCUUAAUCAAAUGUAAAACGCGUUAAAUAAAUAAAGAGAAAAAAAAAAUUGUAAAAGUGAAAUGAAAAGCAAGCCGAAUAACCCAGGUGUAAAAAACAAAUAAGUGCUUCGUUAAAAAAAAGAAAACCUGCAAUAAAGUGCUUCAAAAAAUGUAGUUGAUGGCGAGAUGCAAAUUAUAAAAAGCAAAGUUUAAUUAUUCACGCAAAUUAAACGAAAAAAAGCUAACAUGCGUCGUGCGUGAUAGACAUGUAGAAGAAAAGAAAAACAUGUGUGUUUGUAUGUUUCUAUGUUUAUAUAAUCACCGCGUGUGAGAGUGAAGCCGUAGAAGAUCAAUAAAGACGCACAAACAAUUAAACAAAAAUCGUAGAAGGGGAUAAACUUAAUUAAAACGGCUGUGUAGAGUCGAGUAUAAAUGUUAAAUACAAAAAGUGACUGUAGAAUAUUGUAAUGUUAUGGAGGAUUGCGUGAAGUUUUAAGAGAGGCGCACGUCGGAAAGGAUCGUCGUUGUUUAAA